GAUGAAAGGCCGGCCGCAGCUUGUAAAACCGCGAGGGGCGCAGCUUUCUCCUCAGGUGCGCCACUUUUACGCGCAAAUUACAGAGUUUCCUUAAAAGCUCGCCCAUUCGCACACGCAAAAAGCAAGCGAAGGUCCUGCAUUCGAGAUGUGAGUAGGCACGAGGGGGAACCCGACACUGGGCGCACGGCGCGCGGAGAUCGGGUUGAGAAGAAUGCGCGCCGCAACACAACAUCUCCAAAUCGCAUUCCGCAUUCUGAAACCUAAUCCGAGGACAUCAGGAUUGUGUGACAUAAUCCCCGAGUCAUCUGAAAACCGCGCUCCUCCAAACAAGGCUCCGGGGGUGCUUUGGGGGGAGAUUUGAGCACCUCGGUUUUACUCACUGUUUGUUCUCUCUCUCUUUCUCGCUCGCGGGGAUCUUUAAAAGAGUGGGCGGACACCAACUGCAACCCCCAAAACGUCAGAGCGCACUGAGCUAUAAAUCUCUCCAAAACAGCCCUGUGCGCCCGGCGCGGUGCUGUGCGCAGACAUCUGUCCUGCUCUUUAUUCCAAUAUGAGGACAACAGCGUGUGGACAACCAAAUAAACACUGACCCGGCGAGGGGGAAAAAAUGGAGACUAUUCACCCCAAUUUUCUUUUAGAUUUGUAUUUUUUUACGACGACGAGAUCCGCGUAAAACACUGGAUAAUUUAAAGGUUUAAUGCAAGGUGGAUAAAGGAGCGUUUUGGAGAGAGGGAGGAAACAGUUUGAAGCGUCUUUUUGAUCUAUUGAAGACGCCGAAGUCUUCAUUGGACUCCUCUCAGUUCGAGAUGGUGGACCUGUCUCGGAUUUCCAACGUGGAAACGUAGCAUCCAAUUAAUCAGCGACUGCAGCUGUGCUCCGUGAGGGCGCAGAAGCGAGUUGUUCUCCAGCACCGAGCAGCCUUGGACUGAAGAGUCCGGACUUGGAGAGCACGGUUUGUUUGCUGCGCCUGGAAUAUAAAAAAACAAACAAACAAACGAAUAUAUCUGUCUCAAUGUUGCAGUUUUUCCACCCACCUUCCUUAUUUGGACUAAUUCUGAAUUCGUCUUAUGGACAUUUUCCCGUCAUGAUUUACGCAGCUUGAGUCAACUUGGGACACUCGAUGAAUUUUCUGUUUGGAUUUAUAGGUCUGCAUGGGAAAUAUGUAAGCUUUCUUCAUAGGAACCAAGUCUAAGAUGAAGUUAUGGGAUGUUCUGGCCACAUGUUUCUUGCUCCUGAGCUCUGUCGCGACCCGACCUCUCUACCAAAACUCUCAGCCAGCCAAGAGGACUCACUUCCCCAGCAGUUAUCGUGAUUCUGUGGAAGAGGAAGAGCAAUCAAUCCAGCAAGAAGACUACAACCUGCAGGAGAUCUCAAUGGAGGGUCAAUAUGAGUCUGCGGGUCUCUAUCCUGAGCAGUUUGAGGACGUAAUGGAUUUCAUCGAAGCUACCAUCGGCCGACUGCGGAGGUCAUCGGAACUCAGUGGAAGCCCCAGGGGCCGGAGGGAGCCGAGGCAGAGGGGAGCGGCGAAGACGAGAGGCGAGAGAGAGAAGAGGCGGGGUCGAGGCCGAGGCAGGAGCGGCAAGGAGAAGGGCAAGGAGAGGAUAUCUGUACAGAGUCGAGGCUGCUUACUAAAGGAGGUCCACCUCAACGUGACGGAUUUGGGGCUGGGGUACCAGACUAAAGAGGAGCUGAUUUUCCGCUACUGUAGCGGGCCCUGUAUCGAGGCAGAGACCAACUACGACAAAAUCCUCAACAACCUCACGCACAACAAAAAGCUGGACAAGGACACGCCUUCUCGCACCUGCUGUCGACCGAUCGCGUUCGAUGACGAUUUAUCGUUUUUAGACGAUAACGUGGUGUAUCACACGCUGAAGAAGCAUUCAGCCAGGAAGUGUGGCUGCGUUUAAGGAAGUCACGUGGCCAGCGGCGGAGAACUACGGAUCCCAUUAACAUGCCGGUGCUACAAAGGGAUGGAUCGCCGCUGGACAUUUGUAUCGGAGGUCAAAGAAAGGGUGUGUUUGUUUCGUACUCUGGUCAACUGUUUUUCAAACGGAGUCACAGUGGAGUACGCUGAGUCCUCCAGAUACACCUGAAUAAACUUAUCAGGUGUGCACACACUUCCAGUAGACUUUCAGAUUGCUAACUGUGCUGUCAGAAAAAGGUGAGAGUGAAGAAAGGGUUUUCUGCAGGAGGAUUUCAUUUCCCAGGGACUCAAGUUUUUCCACAGCUGGCUGACUCCAGAUGAAUCCCGAGAUUUGAGGAGUUCUCUCAGAUGAAUCCUAAAUCACUUCCACUCCAUAGUCUGGAUGUCGACAUUUAUACAUCCAGAGCCAAGGAAACACAGCAGCGCAAAGACUGGUGCAACACAUCAACACCAAUCAAAGCCAUAUAUAUAAAUAUAUAUAUAUAUAAACAAGAAAGUAUGUGUUAGAGGUAUAUUUAUUAAGAUGGAAUUAACUUAUUGUUAUUUAUUUCAAACCAUUUAAAAAAUAAAUAGUCUCUUUUUUUUCUUAUUUAUUUAAUAGCUUCGCUUGUCCCGGAUGGUGCCAACGUGGAGCUUUUUUCUCAUUCAAACUAUUCUAAGCUAAACACUCCCACACAUCCUACUCAUGCUCAAUUAGAUUCCACUGGUUUUCUAGUCAGACAUCCAAAUAAUCGUCAUUAGUCAUUGAUAUGAGGCUCAGCGCGAAAAGGCAAAGAAGGGGACCAAUGGAAGAUUUCUGCUAGAAUAAAGUUCUUUUUUAGGCAUUUUUAGGGGCUGUGGCUCGGUUCUCAUUACUUUUCCUCAGCCCGAGACAGCUCUCUUCCUCAAAACACCUGACUCAAGCCAUCCAUUUAUUACACUCUCUGUUUACGAAGACAAAAACGAUCCCUUGCUUUGAGGUCAUCUUCUCAUUACUAAUCCAGGACAGAUUUAUUGUUACUCCAGAUAUGUGCACUGUGCGGUGGUCCCACAUGGAUCCAAUGGUGCCUUUGAGGCUCCAUCCUUCAAGUCACAUGGUACAGAAGGCGGCUAGAAUCAGUGAAACCCAACUCUGACCUCGCACCAGGUCUGAGGAGGGCUGUUUGGAGCUGUUUCUGUCCCGUAGUAGGUUCACGAGACCGCCUUGCCUUUUUUUUUUUUUGUCUGGGCUCUGAUUGACAGGUCUUACUCCCUCAAAGGGGAUUUGAAAGUGAUCCUCUAACAUCAGUCUUAACCAGAAAAAUCCCCACCGGCGUAGACAGUUUAAGGAAGAUCUUGCUACUGUAGCGGCUGUCAUUGUGCCACUGAUGCAGACAGUUUCCACAAAAGAGCGUGUUUUGGAAAAAUCCUGAGCCUGACGUGCUUUUUGCUUGUAACAACUUGUUCACCCAAUUUUAUUCCCCAACUAAAAGAAAUGUACAGGAAAGGAAAGCAGAACUAUCUUCUUUUUUUUCUUCUCUCCUGCGAGGGGGUCGUUAUAAGUGGAACAAAGAGAUCCUUGGUGUAGGUCUCGAUGUUAGCACGGAUUAGGGACCAAGGUAUCUGUGCCCACCCAGCAGCGAGCAAGCAAGCCAGCUUUACUGUGUAAUCCCCCUGCACAGAACAAAUCCACUGCAUCAAGCUGAAUUUAGGCCAUACACUAUAUACACACACAGAGAAAAAAAAUACUCCAGCCUUUAUCACAGCAUACCUCAUCAGCCGAAUCAUCUUCCACUUUUAACAAGUCCAGAUGAGAACAUGAAGACAUCCUACCAGCCUCACAUCAUCUUCAUCACUGUCUGCUUCACUUCUUAGUCAGACACAAAGGAACCUGCAGUGUUAAUAUAUUAGAAGGAAAUGCAUUUGUGGUCAUUGUUAACACUUUUGUCAGAAAAAAAAGAAAGAAAAAAGAUGUGUUGUCUCACCUGUUUUGUGUUACAGAACCAAAGCUCUCUGCAGACUAUUUUUGUACAAUAUUCAUUUUAUAUCUUUUUACAGAAUUAAACUUGUUUCUAUUAAAUGAA